AACCAUUGACAGUUUUCGAAUUGGUCUUUAGUUCAGUUCGCGUCGCGUUGCGUUGAGGUUGAGGUUGAAUUCCACAGACAGAGCCUCGCUUACGUGUGAAAGUGAAACUUGCCGAAAAUUUGUGGCCAAAUCAAGAUGCGGUGCAGUCUGAGGAUGCGGCUGAUUUUGCUUUUGGGCCUGUGUGUGUUUAUCUGCAGGACUCAGGGCCAGCUUAUUGGUGGUGAGGAGGACGAAGAGGACGAGGAGGAGGAGGAAGAGGAGGAGGAGAGUGUCGAGGAUGAAACCUUGGAGGAGCGGCUGCAACGAAAGAACAUUAAGCAGGAUUCUACACUCAGUGUGGACAAAUUAAUCGCCAAGUACGGCUACGAGGCGGAGGUGCAUCAUGUGACCACUGAUGACGGAUAUAUCCUCACCAUGCACCGCAUUCGCAAGCAGGGCGCCCCACCCUUUCUGCUCCAGCAUGGACUCGUGGACAGCUCGGCGGGAUUUGUGGUAAUGGGUCCCAACGUAAGCCUGGCCUACUUGCUCGCCGACCACGACUAUGACGUUUGGCUGGGGAAUGCGCGGGGUAAUCGCUACUCGAGGAAUCAUACCACCCUCGACCCGGACGAGUCGAAGUUCUGGGACUUUAGCUGGCACGAGAUCGGCAUGUACGACUUGCCAGCAAUGAUUGAUCACGUGUUAAAGGUCACAGGUUUCCCGAAACUGCACUAUGCUGGACACUCACAGGGAUGCACCUCCUUCUUUGUGAUGUGCUCCAUGCGGCCAGCCUACAAUGCCAAGGUCGUCUCCAUGCAGGCCCUGGCGCCCGCUGUUUACGCCAAGGAGACCGAGGACCAUCCUUACAUUCGAGCCAUCAGUCUGUAUUUUAAUAGCCUGGUGGGCAGUUCUAUCAGGGAGAUGUUCAACGGAGAGUUUCGUUUCCUGUGCCGCAUGACCGAGGAAACGGAGCGGCUAUGCAUCGAAGCUGUCUUUGGGAUCGUGGGUCGCAACUGGAAUGAGUUCAACAGGAAAAUGUUCCCCGUAAUCCUGGGUCACUAUCCUGCAGGAGUGGCUGCCAAGCAGGUGAAGCACUUCAUCCAAAUCAUCAAAAGCGGUCGCUUUGCACCGUACAGCUACAGUUCCAAUAAGAAUAUGCAGUUGUACAGAGAUCACCUGCCACCACGUUAUAAUCUUAGCCAGGUGACAGUACCCACAUUCGUGUAUUACUCCACAAAUGAUUUGCUUUGUCAUCCCCAUGAUGUGGAAUCCAUGUGCGAUGACUUGGGCAACGUGACGGGAAAGUACUUGGUUCCACAGAAAGAGUUCAAUCACAUGGAUUUCCUUUGGGCCAUUGACGUGAGGAAAAUGCUCUACAGGCGCAUGCUGCAGGUCCUCGGAAAAGUCCCUGAGGAUUCGCAUAAAGAGGCUAAUAGAUCCAGGAGAGGUGUACGAGGCAGUCGUGGGAUCUAAAGUAUUUGAUCGGUUUUCUAAAUUAUUUCUGGGAUAUAUUAAGUAUUUAUUUGACAAAAAAUAUAUUUUAAUUAGUAAGAGUAAAA